GGGUCCCCAGUUCCUACCAGUAGGUCCCUAGGCCUCUGUCUCUCUCCCUUGCUCUACCAGCUUCGCCACCCCCAGAGCCUUGACUCCAGAAGAGAUUCCAGACAGAAGAAGCUGAAAGGAUCUCCUUACACUCCUACUUUUGGUCAGGGCCUUCUAUACCACCCACCAAGGCCAGCAGACCUACCGUUGGAGGCCGAGGUCCAGGCACCAAAAGUACUACUACCAAGCUGCCUUUGUGGCCUUCCUUAAGAAAAAAAGAAAGAUGGCCAAGGAGAGGGGCCUAAUAAGCCCCAGUGAUUUUGCCCAGCUGCAAAAAUACAUGGAAUAUUCCACCAAGAAGGUCAGUGAUGUUCUAAAGCUCUUUGAGGAUGGUGAAAUGGCUGAAUAUCUCCAAGGAGAUGCCAUUGGGUAUGAGGGAUUCCAGCAAUUCCUGAAAAUCUAUCUGGAAGUGGAUGAUGUUCCCAGUCGCCUAAGCCUGGCACUGUUUCAAUCCUUCCAGACUGGUUACUCUUUAGAAAAGACUGUGAAAGAAGAUGUGGUAUGUCUCAGUGAUGUCUCCUGCUACUUUUCUCUUCUGGAGGGUGGUCGGCCAGAAGACAAGCUAGAAUUCACCUUCAAGCUGUACGACAUGGACAGAAAUGGGAUCCUGGACAGCUCAGAAGUGGACAAAAUCAUCAUACAGAUGAUGCGAGUGGCUGAAUACCUGGAUUGGGAUGUGUCUGAGCUGAGGCCGAUUCUUCAAGAGAUGAUGAAAGAGAUUGACUAUGAUGGCAGUGGCUCUGUCUCCCUAGCUGAGUGGCUCCGGGCUGGAGCCACUACUGUGCCGCUGCUAGUGCUGCUGGGUCUGGAGAUGACCCUGAAGGACAAUGGGCAGCACAUGUGGAGACCCAAGAGGUUCCCCCGACCAGUCUACUGCAACAUGUGCGAGUCGAGCAUUGGUCUUGGCAAGCAGGGGCUGUGCUGUAACCUCUGUAAGUACACCGUUCACGACCAGUGUGCCAUGAAGGCCCUGCCUUGCGAAGUCAGCACCUAUGCCAAGUCUCGGAAGGACAUUGGUGUCCAAUCACAUGUGUGGGUGCGAGGAGGCUGUGUGUCUGGGCGAUGCGACCGCUGUCAGAAAAAGAUCCGGAUCUAUCACGGUCUAGUCGGGCUGCAUUGUGUGUGGUGCCACCUAGAGAUCCACGAUGACUGCCUGCAAGCCUUGGGCCAUGAGUGUGACUGUGGGCUGCUCCGGGAUCACAUCCUGCCUCCAUCUUCCAUCUAUCCCAGCGUCCUGGCCUCUGGACAGGAGCAUAAAAGUAGCAAAACAAGCCAGAAGACCAUGGAUGAUUUAAAUUUGAACACCUUUGAGGCUCUGCGGAUUGACCCUGUUGCUCACACUCACCCACUUCUGGUCUUUGUCAACCCUAAGAGUGGUGGGAAGCAGGGGGAGAGGGUGCUUUGGAAAUUCCAGUAUCUACUAAACCCUCGACAGGUGUUCAACCUCCUAAAGGAUGGUCCUGAGCCAGGGCUUAGAUUCUUCAGAGAAGUUCCUGAUUACCGGAUUUUGGUGUGUGGUGGAGAUGGCACAGUAGGCUGGAUCCUAGAGACCAUUGACAAAGCCAACUUGCCUGUUGUGCCUCCUGUUGCUGUGUUGCCCCUGGGCACUGGAAAUGAUCUAGCUCGUUGCCUAAGAUGGGGAGGAGGGUAUGAGGGACAGAAUUUGGGGAAGAUUCUCAAGGAUUUAGAGACAAGUAAAGUGGUACAUAUGGAUCGAUGGUCUGUGGAGGUGAUACCCCAACAAACUGAAGAAAAGAGCGACCCAGUCCCCUUUCAAAUCAUCAAUAACUACUUCUCCAUUGGUGUGGAUGCCUCUAUUGCUCACCGAUUCCACAUCAUGCGAGAGAAAUAUCCCGAGAAGUUCAACAGCAGAAUGAAGAACAAGCUAUGGUAUUUCGAAUUCGCCACAUCUGAAUCCAUCUUCUCAACGUGCAAAAAGCUGGAGGAGUCUUUGACAGUCGAGAUCUGUGGGAAACCACUGAAUCUGAGCAACCUGUCUUUGGAAGGCAUUGCAGUGCUGAACAUCCCUAGCACACAUGGAGGCUCCAACCUCUGGGGUGAUACCAAGAGACCCCACGGGGACAUCCAUGGGAUCAACCAGGCCUUAGGCGCUACAGCUAAAGUCAUCACCGACCCUGACAUCUUGAAAACCAGUGUACCGGACCUAAGCGACAAGCGGCUAGAAGUAGUAGGGCUGGAGGGUGCAAUUGAGAUGGGCCAGAUCUAUACCAAGCUCAAGAGUGCUGGACGUCGGCUGGCCAAGUGCUCUGAGAUCACCUUCCACACCACAAAAACUCUUCCCAUGCAAAUUGACGGAGAACCCUGGAUGCAGACACCCUGUACAAUCAAGAUCACCCACAGGAACCAGAUGCCCAUGCUCAUUGGCCCACCUCCACGCUCCUCCAAUUUCUUUGGCUUCUUGUGCUGAGAGAGACAUCUCAACCUCAAAGCCAGUCUUGAACCCACUUCCCUGGACUGUACUCCCUGGACUGUACUCUGUAUACUGCUGCCGCACCUCCUGCCAGCUCAAGGGAGUGUUCCUUCACCCUCACAGUAUUUAUUAUCCUGCACCACCUCCACUAUUCCCCAUGCGCGCGAGCACACACACACACACACACACACACACACAUACACACACACACAAAGACACACACACACUCCCCUACACCACAAACACAUACAUUGAAAGUGCCUCAUCUGAAUAAAAAGACUUUUUUUCCCCUACUGGGAUAUCUGUUAA